GAUCCACAUCUACCCGAUCGCAUUGCCACAGUCAUGUUUUACUUGAGUGAUGUGCCCCUGGGUGGCGCUACAGUGUUUCCAUUGAUCAACCUGUCGGUGCUGCCCAAGAAGGGAUCAGCUUUGUUUUGGUACAACCUGGAUCAUAGAGGGCACGGCAUGUCAUCAACCUACCACUCGGCGUGCCCAGUUGUCGUCGGCUCCAAAUGGAUUAUGACCAAGUGGAUUAAUAGGCUUCCCCAACUAUUUCGACGGCCCUGCCUGAGAGAGCAGUGAAUAAAGGAGAGAACCAUGCCUGAUUCAUGACCAAUCGAUUGCCCUG